GUUGGCACGAUAUAGACCACAUGCGUUCUAGACAGAAGUAAUGUUUGUAAACAUCGAUCUGUCAACAGCAGAUCGACCUAACUCCCACUUUACCCGUCAGAUGGCGUACUAAAUACAUAGAAAGGGACGACAGGGUUAGCUUGUGCGACAACUAGUUCUCCCAGAAUAGGACCAAUCAGGAAGCGGUUCAACUAGGGUCAAGUUCGCACAGCUGAUCGAGAACAGGGCGCCAUCGCUAAACGCAAAAUUAGUCACAAAUUAGAAAACGGAUAGGCAACACCAAUUUUAAAACUACGCUGCGAACAUCACCAAAAGCUAGUUUGUGAAUUUUGUCAUCCUUUCUUUUUUAAACUCAAAUAUAGAUUGCUACACACGUAGCAACAUUUUAAAAUUGCUCAGUUCUAUUCCGUGUGAAUAUUUGAGAUACGAUGAGUAAACGCGGGUUUGAUUGUGGUGGCUGCGAGCGGCAUAAUACCGUAGACGACAUGGUGCUGUGUGAAAAGUGUGAAAAGUGGUACCACUACGGAUGUGCUGGCGUCACCGCGGAAAUCAAAUUCCAGGAGUGGCGAUGUGAAUCGUGCGUGAAAGUGGCAAAGAGCGAAGCGAGGGGAACGGGCCAGCCUAAGCCUGCGAAGGAAGCCAUCGCGAAACCGGGGAAGCCUGCUGGAAGCUGCAAAGGCAACGAGACCAAGAACGCAGCACCAAGCGAGGGCGAGACCUCGGGGCGUACAGCAUCCGCGGAAACGCUGCAGCCUACGACGUCCCAAGCUGCUAGACCACCCAGCGCGAAAUCGUCGAAAGCGCAUUCGCGCAAUUCAAGCGCGGCGUUAGAACGUCUUGCAAAAGUGCAAGAGUUAGAAAGAGAGAUGGCCGUCAAGGAGUUUGAACUCAAAAUGGCGAGCCUGAAACUCGAGCAGGAGAAACUUCGUCUCCAGUUCGAGGAAGAAGCAGAACGCGGAUCCCACCGAUCAUUCGCGAGUAAUUCGUUGAAAACGGAGGAGUGGGUACGCGACCAACAGCAGCUGCAUCAGCAGCAGCAUGAACAGCAGCAACAGCAGCAUGAGCCGCUGCAUCAGCAGCAACUGCAUCAGCUGCAACAGCAGCAACAGCAGUAUAACCCCGCUGCAUGUACCAGUGAUGUGGCUGUAUCCGCGUUAGUGGAAACAGUGACCGUCAACCCUACGACAGUGGCAGCCGUUGCGGAAACAAGAAGGCGAGGCCUUACAGAGGACCAGGUGGUGGCGAGGCAAAUCUACCCCAAAAAACUGCCCACCUUUAGAGGAUCGACGAAGGAGUGGCUCGUAUUCAUAAGCUGCUACAACGACUCGACGGAAGCCUGCGGAUUCACGGAUCGAGAGAAUAUAAUCCGUCUCGAAGAGUGUCUGCAAGGUCCCGCACGUGACGCAGUUUUGUCUAAGCUGAACACUCCCAAAGCAGCGCCUCUAGUCAUCAAAACCCUCGAGCGCUUGUACGGUCGACCGGCGCUGGUUGUGAAGGAGCUGCUGGACCAAGCGCGACGGACAGAAGCUCCCAAACCAGAGCACCUGGAGUCGCUCAUAACUUAUGGGAUGGCAGUGCAGCAGUUGUGUGACCAACUAGUGACGGCGGAUCAGGAAGAUCACCUGAACAACCCCAUGCUGCUGGAAGAGUUAGCAGAAAAGCUGCCGGCGUCAAGGAGACUAGAGUGGGUACGCUACAAGAGCCGGGUUACACGACCAAAUCUAAGGGACUUUGGUGAGUUUAUCGAUCGGCUUUUAGAUGAGGCUUGUGAGGCCUGCAAAUACGUUCCCCCAGACAAAUCCCAGCAGAGACACAACUCCGGGCGACCUCCUCACACCUUCGGCCGCUAUCCGGUUAACGUACACUCACAACCAAGAGUAACAGUAAUGGGUAGCAGGUGCCCAAUAUGUAGCGACCAGCACCAUGUACGAUUUUGCGAAACCUUCAGGACAAUGACUGUGCAAUGUCGACGGCAGGCAGUAAAAGAGAAAGCUUUGUGCGAAAUUUGUCUGAACGCUCACGGAUCCAAGCGGUGCUUGUCGAGAAUCCGUUGCGACAUCGCUGGCUGCGGAGCGCGACACAAUACGCUACUACACGAAACAGUCCGACCUGAAGUAGCGCAAUGUAUGGCGCAUAAUACAGUGACGAGAUCAUCAGAAUUACUAUUUCGUGUCGUGCCCGUUACGAUUUACUAUGGGCAAAAGAGCGUCGAGACCCUGGCAUUCCUCGACGAUGGAUCAUCGGUAACUUUGGUGGAAACUGAUCUGGCACGUAGCCUCGGUGUCAUCGGGAUGCCAGAGCCGCUGGAGAUGAGCUGGACUUCAGACAUAACGAGGGUGGAAUCUAGCUCGAUGCGGAUAAGCUUGGAAAUUUCGGCGAGAGGCGACAGCAGACGCUACGAGCUUUCCAACGCUCGUACCGUCCAAAAGCUAAGUUUGCCGCCUCAAGAACUCAUCUUCUCUUCACUAACCACAAACUUUGCUCACUUUCAGGGACUGUCUGUUCGGCCGUACCUGAAAGAGGAGCCGAAGUUGCUGAUCGGAUUACAACACAUCAACCUGCUGGCUCCGCUGGAGACGCGAAUAGGCGGCCCUGGGGAACCAAUUGCCGUUAGGAGUCCAUUGGGCUGGGCUAUUUACGGACCCUGCAACAACAACCAGAGCAACAACACGAUGCACCACACUGUUAGAGAAUUGGCAUAAGCAGCUUGCUACCUGAAGAUCCAGAACUAGUGCGAGCAAAAUCCAUGCUACACAACACCACCGUACGAGAUGGAGAUAGAUAUACGACUGGCCUGCUAUGGAAGAGUGAUGACGUCAACUUUCCAAACAGCUUUCCUAUGGCUCUCAAGCGAUUACAAUCGCUGGAACGGAAACUUAGGAAAGAUUCAGAACUAAAGCGAGAUGUUCAUCAACAGAUUCAACACUAUAUAGAAAAGGGAUACGCACACAAAGCCACUCAAAAGGAGUUAGAAGAAACCGAUCCUAAGCGCACGUGGUACCUGCCCUUAAACGUAGUAUCACACCCAAGAAAGCCGGACAAAAAACGCCUCGUAUGGGAUGCGGCAGCCAAAGUGAAUGGUGUCUCGCUAAACACAUUCCUUUUAAAAGGACCAGAUGUAUUAGUAACACUCCCGGGAGUGCUAAGUAAAUUUCGAGAACGUCAAGUAGCCUUUGGAGGAGAUGUGGAAAAAAUGUUCCACCAAAUACGGAUUCGUAAAGAAGAUACUCAUGCACAAAGAUUUCUAUUCCGUUCUGACGAAAACGAACCACCAACUAUUUAUAUAAUGGAUGUCGCGACAUUUGGCGCAUCCUGUUCGCCAUGUUCUGCACAAUACAUAAUGCACCGAAAUGCACAAGAAAACGAGCUAGAAUUUCCUGAAGCCGCCAAUGCCAUACAAAAUAAAACAUACAUGGAUGACUAUUUUGAUAGUUGCAAUACAGAAGCAGAAGCAAUAGAUCGAGCCCGACAAGUAAGAGAAAUUCACUCUCGGGCUGGGUUUAAUAUGCGAAAUUGGGUGAGCAAUCGUGAAUCCGUCCUGAAAGGCAUGGGAGAGUCAUCCGACAAACCCGUAACGAUCGUGGAACGCGAUAGUGUGGAAAAACCCUUAAGAGUAUUAGGCAUGGUUUGGGACCCUUCGAAUGAUGUAUUCAAGUAUACUUCUAACUGGCGCAAAGACCUAAUCCCCUACGUGCUCGAAAAGCAACGCCCCACUAAGCGUAUAGCUCUAAGCGUCGUCAUGAGUCUGUUCGAUCCACUAGGACUGCUCGGUCCUGUUCUUAUUCACGGGCGCAUUCUCAUGCAAGACCUAUGGCGAAAUAAUCUGGACUGGGACUCGAAGAUGGGUGACACAGAGUUUGAAAAGUGGCUGCAUUGGAUUGAUUUGCUUCCAAUCAUAAAUAAGCUGGAAAUACCCAGAUGCUAUUUUGACAAUAUAAACCCACAAGCAUACAGAUCCCUCCAAUUACACGUCUUCACGGAUGCUAGUGAGGUGGCGUACGGUUGCGCGGCUUAUUUCCGCAUAACAGAAAAUAAUGAAGUUCGUUGCUCCUUGGUAAUGGCAAGGUGCAAGGUGGCACCACUGAAACAUCUAACAAUCCCCCAAAUGGAAUUACAAGCCGCACUAUUAGGUGCGAGGCUAAUGCGUUGCGUGGUGGAAAAUCACACGCUUCCUAUAAGUGAGAUAUAUAUUCAUACUGAUUCUGAGGUGGUACUAUCCUGGAUCACCUCUCAACCGAGAGAAUUUAAGCAAUUUGUGGCAUGCAGAAUAGGAGAAAUACAUUCCUUGACAGAUCCAAGCAUGUGGAGGCACGUACCGACCAAAGAAAAUCCUGCUGACGGCCUAACAAAAUGGAAUCAAGAUACGAUUCUUUCUGCCCAAAGCAGAUGGUACAAGGGUCCAGCGUUCCUAUACCAAACGAAAGAUGAAUGGCCAACACAAAAAAUAAUAGAAAAGACUAAUGAGUCUCGAAAGGCCAUACACACGCACAUCGAAAUGCCUUCCCAAUUGUUAAUAGAAACAGAACGUUUCUCGAAAUGGACGGUUCUUCUUCGAACAGUUGCAUCAAUUUACCGUUUUAGAAGCAACUGUCAUCGCAAGAAAAAUGGUCUCCCUAUUGAAGCUUUAAAAGCCACCGAACGGCAAGCGAAACUAUUAAAAUGCCCUAAUAAGUACAUAGACAGGCCAUUAAAAAAGGAAGAAUAUGAAAAGGCUGAAAACUUCCUAUGGUGUCUAGCGCAACGGGACCAAUACAGUGAAGAAAUCAAUAAGUUACGAGAAGAUCAUCCUAUCAAUCGUAAAAGCGAUCUAUACAAACUAUCACCUUUCGUUGAUGAAACUGGUGUGCUUAGAAUAGACGGUCGUACCGCAAAUGCCACACAGCUUAAUUACAACACGCGAUACCCGAUUAUAUUGCCAAACCAACACCAAGUAACAAAACUAAUAAUCCAUGACUAUCAUUGCAAACUAAACCACGCAAAUCGAGAAACGGUUGUU